UUUUUUUUUCAGACUAUCCUGGCUAUUCAUCUGAUUGUGUUUAUUAGCAAAAAAAGACUUUAUUGAUGUAACCUGUCUGAGCAAAUUAUUUCAAAUUUAAUAAUUGCUGAUGUUUCCAAUAUAUUUCAUUGUAAAAGCAACUCAAAGAUUGAAGAUAUCGUUUCAUUUGUCAGAAAUCAUGGAUCUUUGAAAGGGAUAAUCAAUGCAUCUAAAGAACGAAUAGAAAAAUAUUGUGAUAAACUCGAAAUGCUAUCAUCCGGUCGCAUUGAGCCAAGCAUUCUACGAAAUCAUUGCUGCUUAAAACAAUUUCACACUUUCAAUUAUUAUCAACAUUUCAAAAGAGAUACUCAUUAUUUCCUGAAUCUUGAAAGACUUCAUAUUUAUAUUAAUGGUGGUUACUACGCUGGUCCAGUAUUGGAAAAGCUUAAAAUACUUGAACUGUGUUUAUUAUACCCUCAUGGUGUUUGUUAUGCUUUCCAGUUAAUGGAUUCAUGUCCAAAUUUACAAAGUGCACAUAUUUUCACGCCUACUAAUCGCUUUUUUGUUGAUGAAACAUUGAAACACGAAUGUCUGCAAGAUUUAGUUUUAUCUUAUGGUGGUCCUUCCUGUCUGGACUGGAAUGAUUUAACACGAUUGUUUAUGAAAUAUCCGAAUCUCAAACAUCUUUCUUUGAGGAAUGUGCGCUACAUAAAAGAUGAACAUAUCGAGCAAUUGGUUCAAAUUUUACCCAAUUUAGUGCUACUUGAUAUUUAAGAUUGUCCAGCAGUCACUCAAAGGGCUGCUGAUUAUGUUGAAGAUUAUUGUAAACGAUAUGGAAGAUUAAUCAAGUUUUACUUCGAAGGAAAUUACCAUGAAAUAGGAACAGAUUGGCCUCAGUUGUCCACUAAACGAGAAAAAAUUAGUCGAGGCUUUGAUUUCAUUAAACAUUGUUUUCACAAAAAUUUUCAUCACCUUCCAUAUUUCUUGAUUCCUGAAUAUCAUUGAAACCACAUAUUCAGAUAUUCAAACCAAGAUAUUUGUUGCUCUUUGGCUUCGGAAACCCAUUCCAAGAGUUUGUAUACAAUCUCUAUUUUUGAAUCACUUUUUUUCAUGAUUUGUUUUUUAGUGAAUAGCAUUUA